AUGACAAGGACCGGCCUACUCGAUCAAAUUCCCAUCUGGAUCCCGCACAUAGACGCUCUUCAAGGUACUCCUUGCUCCAGUCCGACGCAGCACCACCUCGCCGCCGCUCUCGAGGACCUCGACGCCUCUCGCCCGGAGCUUGUCCACAAGGCCCGCGCCAACAUCCUGGUCCGUCAGGAAGCACAGGUCUGCUGUGCCAGGCAGCGCCGUGCGGGCCUUGGGUUCAAACGCGCUGCUGCUCCCUGCCUCGUGGAGGUUGAUCUUCGAGGCGCCGAAGAGCAGGGCGUGCCGGGUUGUGUUCGGGUCAGUCGGGUCGGUGAAGGACUGGUGCGCCAUGCCGAGGAUUUCGGUGUAGAACUUGAUCGUUUCUGGCAAGGAGCGCACUGUCAGGACGAGGUGGUCGAAGGAGUCGGCACUAGAGUCGGCUCAGAUGGAGAUCUCCGCUCUCUUUUCCCGCUAAAUAGUUCAUACCGACCAACUACUAUCGAACCAACCCUCUCACGGGUCUUUUAUCUGAUGUCUUUACGUCGCACUGCCGGGGCCCUCAAAUGGCCUGUCCUGCCUUAUGUUCGCGUAUUUGCACCUCACGCAGAGUCGACAGCCAUCCUCAAUGCCAGAUCCUACCGACCCAGACCGGCCCGUUCACCAGCAGCCGGUAACAGGAUCGUGACCCCAACGACAUCUCAAAACCUACCACCGGAGGUUGUACGUGCCCUGGGGAAUACAAUGAAGGAUGCGAAACGGUCGUUCGAUCGCCAUGGAAGGAUGUUGUAUAGAUCAGCAAAGUCCAGCGGUCUCCUCCCCCCCAUGAGCUUCGAUACCUUUCGUUACAUUGGCAACGGACUCAUACAAGCUGCAUACAACACACGUUCAACCGCGCGGGCCGUGAGGAUGAUAUCGAAAGCGUAUGUCAUGGGCGUAAUUGAUGUCAAGAUGGCAAGCUGGGCCUUAGAAGCAACCCGAGAAGCUGGCGCAGUCCGCCCGACCUUGGUAGAGGCGCUUCGACACCUCAACGCUGUCGCAUAUCCUAUGAGAACCCCAGUGUUGGACCGGGUGGAAGAGUGGGCGACUAAGGACGAAGAUCCGCGGGCCAUUGUCGUGCACGCCAAGGUCCUCGGAAGGAGAGAGCAAUAUCGGGAGGCCCUAGCCCUUUUGGAGAAGCUCGUGGAUAAGACGUACCCGACGAGAGUGAAGCCGAAUGUUCGCGAGGAUGUCACGAUGUUAGGGCGUCUAGAAGCGCCAUGGGAGUUGUAUGCGUGGCUAAAGGAGAGAAUGGGCGAUCAGGAGGCCACGGACAGAGUGCUGAAGAUGGCAGCCCUGGAAUAUCAAGACCCCCGAGCGCUGGUGGAAUACGCCCAUCUCAUGCAGACCCAGGGCGACCUGGAGGCGUACGAGGAAUACAUGAACAAGGCGGCUACCGCAGGCCACGCCGAGGCCUGUCGCAAGCUGGCCAAUUUCUACUAUCUCACCUCCCUUGGCCGGUUCACAACGCGCGAGGAGAGGAGCGAGGCCCGCAACGCCUUCACUGCCUUCUUUUCCCGCUUAUUCCGCCAGUCCCGCACCAAGGACGACUUCCGCGAACUCGCUAUAGAGUGGUACGAGCUCGCCAUUGUACACGGCAGCGACAAGGCCGCUCUUGUUCUGGCUAUUCUUAUGCGGGAAAAUGGCGAAUCCGAGUCGGGGCUGGAAGCCCUCGAGGUUGCUGAGAAGAGCAAAAAGUUCCCCAAAGCAGUGAAACGACUACGGGACAAUUGGGAGAAUCCGGACUUCCGAUUCCCAAUUCCCGAGCAGUUGCUGGAUCUUUGA